AAUGAAACUACCGAAUAACGCAAAUCAAAUCGGACAAUGUUCCAAUUCGAACUCUUUUCUGCUCCGAUGCGACACGAAUAGGAAGGAGUGCGGAAGCGGAACAGAACCCUGCGUGAAAAAACGAAACUUGCAGAAGCUACUUCAUCUCGUUGGAACCCACAAGAGUGUCUCUUCCCAGAUCUGAUCCAAAAUGAAUAUAUUCAGGUUAGCUGGGGACAUGACCCAUUUGGCCAGCGUCCUCGUCCUGCUCCUCAAGAUCCACACCAUCAAAUCUUGUGCUGGUAUUUCUUUGAAGACUCAAGAGCUUUAUGCUAUUGUUUUUGCUACCCGCUACUUGGAUAUCUUUACUGAUUUUAUAUCUUUAUAUAACUCCUUGAUGAAGUUGAUAUUCUUGGGAAGCUCAUUUUCUAUUGUAUGGUACAUAAGGCACCACAAGAUUGUCCGUAGGUCAUAUGACAAAGACCAUGACACUUUUCGUCAUCUUUUCCUUGUAUUGCCCUGCUUGCUAUUAGCCCUACUUAUUAAUGAGAAAUUCACAUUUAAGGAGGUAAUGUGGACAUUCUCCUUGUAUUUAGAAGCUGUUGCCAUACUUCCUCAGCUAGUACUGUUACAGAGAACUAGGAAUAUUGAUAAUUUAACAGGACAAUAUGUAUUUCUUCUUGGUGCGUAUAGAGCAUUAUACAUAGUGAAUUGGAUCUACCGCUACUUUACUGAGCCCCACUAUGUCCAUUGGAUACCGUGGAUUUCUGGCAUUGUUCAGACAUUGCUGUAUGCUGAUUUCUUCUACUACUACUUCCAAAGCUGGAAGAAUAAUCAAAAGCUUCAUUUGCCUGCUUAAGAUUUUCCUCCUCUUUUGCUGGAAAGGGUUGUGAUGUUGAUGGUUGGUAAAGAAUAGAGGAUUCAUGUGUCCUGACAUGUUGGGUGGAAUGACAACUCCAGAUUCUAUUUUUUGUUCCCUCAAUUAUAGAACUGUACUAAAUACUAGGAACAUUAUGAGCCUAGCGGAUCAAGUUGUUUUUCCUUUUAUGGUAAACUGCCAAAUUUAAUUUUUGUUUAAAAA